UACCAUGUGGCAACUCUAAAGCCGCGGUUUUGCGCGUGGAACAGAAAUUUGUUAUUAAAUAAUUCUACACUGUAGUUGCUAAGAUAUAGCCAAGACCAUGCCUGCAGUGGAGAAGUGCGCAAUCACGGACUGGAAGCGCCUAUGGCAGAUGGUCUCCGGAAUCCACUAUGAGACACCUCAGGAAACAGUACGCGAGGAGCUUCUAAACGUGGCCACCGAACUACAGGCCGGCGUUCUCCAGUUCCGGCCAAAGAGCGCCUCCAAUGUCCAGGUGGGCACGCUGCUCAAGGAAAAAAAGCAGGAGAAGCUGUUGCCCUUUACCGAGCGACUCCAAGAUCUGCUGGACUUGGAAUCCGCCCAGUGCUGGGAGAUCCUGUGCUACUACCUCACGCAGGAGUAUCGUGGCUCCGCCAGUCUCCUCACCCAGUUAAUCUCCACCGAAACAAACAUGGCCAAGCUGCACGAGGACAUCCGGCACUAUUACUCUCUGGAGCGCAUGAUCGUGUUGAAGAUUGUCAAAAAUCUGAUUGUCUUCCACCGGGUGCCUAACCACCCAUACCACCAGGAAUAUCGCGCUGUGGUUGACAAAAUAACACUACCUCGCCUAAGGGAUUCGUACCUGGAGCAGUUGGAGAGUCUAAUUAACGAACUGCCACCUAGUAAACUGAUGGCGGGCGAGUGCUUCCACUCCACCGAGCGACUGAUUGCGUGGUCGGAGAGAAAUGCCCGCGAGAUCAAUGAGGUGCUGCACAUCCUACUCCUGCUGACCGAGCACCUACCCAUGGGAUUGGAGCACAUUAAGCGGAUUUUCGCGGCUUGCAAGCAACACUCAUUCGGAAAGAUGCAGAAUUACCUCGACGACAAGCAAGCAUAUCAUCAGGAGCUAAUCCGUUGCCUGACCUACUCUGAACUGGUGCUCAUUCUAAAGUGCUUGGACUUUGAAAACCCUCAGGAGCACACCAAUCUGAUUGAAAAACUAAUAGAGGACCUGCAGGUGGACAUUGCCAGCAUGCACCAUCGACCGGAGCACGGCCCACUGCUUCUGGUUUGGAUGCUGUUACGUCUGCGAGGCACCAACGACGCAGACGACGCCUCCAGUUUGCUUCGUUGCCGGCAGCUAGGGAAGCGGGCCGUGGAUCUUAAGUGUUUUGUCCAACUGCACCUUAUAGUCAGGCAUACCAUGUUCGCCGAUGACUCCAUGCUCUCGCGAAUAGUGCGGAAAACCAUUUAUAACCAGUUGGCAUAUAUGUGCAACCUCUUCGAUGGCGAUGGCAGCUGUGCCCGCUAUGAGGGUAUCUACGAACUGCUCUGCGAACUGGUUUCCUGGCCUCACUUAGCGAAAGACUUCUGCAGUCGGGACGAUGAUGGACCCCGAUCGCUAUAUAAAACUCUUCUGGAGAACUUUCCACUAGAGUUCACGCAUUUGUCUAAACUUGCGCAGUCGUUGACUAAAGCGGGGCAAGGGAACUUUGUCAAGAGCCAGCUAGAAUCCCUGCCCAUAUUGGCUCUUCUUUACGAUGAGAAUCAGCACAAACUCAGAGAGGUAGACACAGAUGAAUUCGAGCUCGUUGCCAGUGUUCGCCCCUUUCCACGGAUUGACUUUACCAUACCCGCAGGAACCAGUUGCACCGCCAUUCAGCAUCCCUCCGGAUGCUUUAUGCAUUUUCGCAUUCAGGUUAACUUCUUCGAUGCGCUGCACCACGAGAUAAACUGUCUGCUGCUGGAAACAGGCCACCUACAUGGAGACUUUGAAUCCAGCGAGCGCAUUCGUCACGUAGAAGCUGGCCUAAGAUUCCUGGAGGGCGCUAUCAAGCUUAGUCAGUCGAUUUCCGGCAUCAGUGCCGAAAUGGUGCAUCCGACCGAAAUGUGCGUUGAUCUCCUGCACAAGUUCAAGAGCGUUCAGUGUCCUCCUGUCGGACUCUUGUCCAGUUGUCUGAAUGUAUGCACGGCUCUGCUGCCAAUGGUAGACGAGGAGAUAUUUUCACGGAUCAGCAACCUGCACAUCCUACCCACCGUUAGCCAGGGAUCACAAUACGACUUUAAGAUGUACGCCAAUGCCAGUGGAGUGGGCUUCGAGUCGCGCUUCCUUGGCUCCGUAAUUGACAAUGUUGAAAAGAAGAGCGAGCGCUACGAAUUCCUGCUUUCUUACCUCAGUUUUUUGCGCACGUACACCAAGCUAAAGCGAAAUCGCCACAUGCAGGUUGAGAUUCCGGGCUUGAUAUUCCUGCUGAGGGAUGUAUUUCCGCAUUUGCACGCUUGGCACUUUCGCUCUCAGUUGGAAAGGAACAAGAUCUACUUCGAGCUGCUGAGCUUUAUUUGUGACAUUUUGGAUUUGUUUAACACGAGCAGUGGAGCCCAAUGCGAGCACCGAGAACUUUUGCUAAAGGUGUGCGUAUACUCUCUUAUGAAUUUGGAUAAUGGUUUGAUUCUACUAAGAUUUGUAAGCGUCGGCAAUGCAUAUGUGCAGUACACCAUGGAGCUGGAAACGAACUGGAUGCAACAGCAGCCUCAUGGUUUGAUGAUGCUGGUGCGCCUGUCCAUGCGCAUCCUGAUGCAGUUGCUCAGGCUCAAGGACAAGGUAUAUGGCAACAGCCAAACCCUAUCUCCACUGGAGGCUUUGAUAUACACACAACCAAAACAGCGCGACACACUGCGAAUCAUUCCAACAGUAUGCAGCUACAUGAGCAACAUAUUUGAUAGGUGGCUACCGAUCCUAUCUUGUCGCCUGCUAAAGAGAAUAGCUUUAGAGUUCAACAUGUCUCUUUUGGCCUGUUUGGACAUGGAGGCGGAUCAAAUCCGAUUGACUUUUAUGCAGAAGUUGCCUGACGAACUGGAGAGCGAUUCUAUCAAGCUGGCCAUCUUAGAGCUGGUUGAUGCUUGCAUUGCCAAGCAACCAGGCGUAACUGAGGCCUUCUUCAAGGUGAACUACGCCCAGGACAAACGCUCUCGUUCCUUUUUCGGCAAGGAAAUUGUUCCCAACAUUGGCGAGAGCAUUGUGACCUAUAUGAGAGAGUUUUUGGAUGCCCUGGCUGUGGAGCCACUGACCAUUCAGCAAGCGCUGCCCGCCAAGAUUAUGAACAUCUUCCAUUCGCUGUGGAAGCACAACCUGCAGAUGCUGGUAGACGAACUGCUCAAGGACAAACUGUUUUGGGAAAAGCUCUGCGCCCCUCUUUUCACGGAACUUCAGCCAAAUGUGAGGAUCUACACGCAGCUUCUGAACAUCAUAUCAAUUGAGAUUUACACUGGAAGUGAGAGCAACGCUGCUCUUCUGGAUGUGAUGAAUAAGUUCUUUGAUCCCAAGUAUUUUGCGACUUGGCUUAAUUACGUUUUCAACAUGCCGAAGAUUCCCGCUGCAAACAAUUUGAGUUGUGCAGACGAGCUGCCCGAUUGGCUUUGCUGCCUACAGGCCUUUAAGGAUCUGAUCGUAAUUUUGCUGAAGAAACAGCCCAAGUUUAUGACCAUACCAGAGUCACAAUUCAAGCUGAUGGCCCAGAAGUGUAUCAAAGUCUUGGUCGACCGCUCUCACUAUCUGGAGGAUAUGCGUCCGUUUAUUAUUCUGGCAGAACUGUACGUGUUCCUCCUACUCCAAUUCAAGCAUUCGUACACGAACAGCGCGGAGGAGGAGCAGGAACUGAUGGAGCUGCUGCUGCAACUGAUGAGCCGCAUCUGCUCUUGCUACGAGGAUCAGCAUGUCAGAGCGAAAGAAGCCUGCCUCGCCAUUGUGACCAAGUGCACUCACCUCUACAACGACUUGCUUAUUCGGGAUUCAUCAAUCGCUCUGCGUUUCCUCAACUCUGUUGUAAGCAUAAUCUGCAGUGAGCUACAGCACAUGGAGAACUCGGUGAGCCUGGAGUCACAAUGCCUAAACAAUUCCGAAAGCUCAGACAGCAAGGCUUCCACAAACUCACUGAUUCUGUGCCUCAACCUGCUUAAAGCCGUGGCCACCAUAUUCCACAAUGACGGUCCCGGAAACUGGGAUCUGCCUUUUGUGUCGGUUCGACUGUUCCAACGCCUCGUGCGCUGCGUCUCCAGAACCUUGCCCCUGUACAGCAAGCAGGUGCUUAGUGUCCAGCUGCUGGAUGUGCUUAUCGUGUUCGCCAAGGGGCACUGUUCCGUGGAGUUCCUGCACUGCGACGUGGGAGAACACUUGUGGCUAAAUCUGCUGCCGCCACGGGAACUUUUGCAGUCCAAAUUUGAGUUUAGUAAGCCGGCGGCGGUGGAUGCAGAGCGCUGGACUGUGGAGAAGUGGUGGCCCGUUUACGCCAGGGGUAUCGAGUUCGUUACUAUCAUCUACGAAAAGCACAAGAAAUGCUUCCUGCAAGAAGCUUUCCAGUUUGUUGGCAUUCAUGCCGUCUACCUGGAGGAUGCCCUUCUGCUGAGCAAGCAAUCUCUGGAACCGGCAGCCAUGCAGUUAAUAAAGGCAGCUGUUACCCUGGUGGCAAGUCUCACAGAACACCACAAGGAGUGGAGGCAAGAUAACGAGAAGUUGCUUGCCAAUAUUACGCGUGCGGUGAAGGGCUUAUUGUGUCACAGUUCAUCUUUGUUUCACCAGCAAAGAAACUUAAAGUGUCUCCUGGCUGGUCGACGGUCACAGCUUGAAAUCCUCCGCAGCACCGAGGCUGUAGUCAUUGAUGACGAACUCAUUUCCGCCUGCAACGACCUCACAGACAUCAUUAUUUCCUGCGUAAAGUUUCUGCUGAGAUUCAGUCCCGAUUUAAUGGAAUUGCUGUGCUGCAGCGUGUACGAGCCCUUGAAAUACUCCACAUUGCUAGACGUAAAGUUUGGGGCACCAAAAAUGAACGAAGACAAUCUCACGCUCACAUUUGGGAUUAUUCUCAACUUGGUAAACAUAUACGUGAAGGCUUUAAAUAUGCAAAACCAUGGCUUCAGUGAGGUGCCCCUGAAUACACUGCCCAAUGUGGAGCAUUCCGGCGAGAAUGAAGACGAUGUUUGCGUAGGCAACCAGACCAACCGAACCUUCUCCAAAUCUCUGCCCACCGCCUCGAUUUCGUCCGCCAGUUGUCCUGCCAGUGAGCUGCUUUCCAACAUGGACGGGCAGCUUUGUCUGCUGGCCUUGGAACAUCUGCUCAUGUUGGUGGCCUCGCAGGCCAUCCACAUAAUCCGCGCGCCGGACUUGGAACCACGCUGGAAGCAAAUUGUUCGCCGGGACAUCAGCAACGAGAUGGUGAUCUUCAAUGAGUUCGUGCGCCGAAAGGUGAUACUGGACUUCAAGGAGAACCGCAGUCCGUGGCUACGACGAAAGCACGGGGUAUACAAGCUGAAGUGUGUGGACCCGGCAAGAGGAUCGCCCAGUUCAGCCCGCAGUUCGGACAUUGUGCGUCGCAGCAACACAGCCGCCAAUGAGCUGCGAGUUAAUGUGGUCCGCCGAUUGCACCUGCAGCAACAGCAGCGCACUCCACCGCCGCACAACUUUGACAUGACCAGCGACUUGAGCCCCAUUUCCACACUGCAAGGUGCCGCCAUGUCUUCGACUUUGGAAACUAGAGAUUGUCGUAAGCGUUUGUAUCCCGUUCAGCAGGCAGGUGAGGUCUUCUUGGAGGAAGAGUUGGCUGCCAUCGACCAGCAGUUCUUCCCCCCGCCCACGGAGCACGGUUACUCGGAAUUGUCGCAGGUUCAGCUGGUGGAAGAGGAUUAUCUGCAACUGAUGUCGGCUCUCUUUAACGUGAUGCCCCACUGCGACUGAACUGUUCCUUCUUGAUUAGUGGUCGGUGAAUGUUUAAAAUAAAGUUUGUACAAUAAAACUAACCAUGUGAUCUGUA